CUUUGUUCACUCCCCCGAUUUUCCUACUCCUGGAGAGAGUUUGGUUUAAAUUUUUCUAUCUUGGAAUACAUUAUUUGCAUCUGGAAUUUUUUGUUCAUUCUGCAUCUGCAUUUUCUUCUCUUUCCCAUAGAUUAUACGUGUGAACAAUGAGCGCCAAGUCCUCCGCUGAGACACCCGAUGCAUGGGAAGACGACUGGGAAAGACAAGCCGAUACCUUAGCGUCCGACCCCACUCAGCCUCCACCGGAAAAGAAAGUAUCCUCCAAAGUGACCAAAGCACAGCGCAGGGCGCAGCAAGCGGAAUUUAACCGGCAACUAUGGGCGGAAGCCGAAACUCCGCAAACGUUCCAUUUCCUGGAAUCGCGCUCCAAUGUCCCUCUCAAGCAGGAGUUCAAACCGGCAGUGACUCUUUUGAGUCGCAAUCCGCAUCCUUCUCGGCAAUCAUCGUCUGUCAACGCCGCAGCCGCUGGUCUUGGACGACUGGCUCUGAACGGUGAUAAUAAUGACGAUUCGGACGAUGACAAUAAACCACCAGAGCCUACCCCUGAGGAACGUCACGCCAUUGCGCUGCGGAAUCGAGAAGAAAAGCAACGCAAGUAUGAAGAAGUACGUGAGAGAUUGUUCGGGAGCCCCUCCGGCACUACGUCAGGUGCAUCGUCACCGCGCAGCGGGACCCCACCAAAGCAGGAGGGUAGAGGGAAAGGAAGAAGCCGUGGUAAUGGAAGAGACAACAACCGAGACAAGAGAGAUUCUUCCGCGGCAUCCGGAAAAUCGAAACAGCUCUACGAUCCCGAUUCGCCUAAGCCAAGUUAUGUACAGAGGAAAGAGAAGCAACCGGCCAAUGACCGAAAUGGAAAUGACCAACAAUCUCCCCAGCAGCCCAUUCGCAGCCCUCGAGGCCCGGACAGCAGUGGUAGGGGUGGCUUUCGGUUCAACAGAGGCGCCAGAUCAGCAUAACCCACGCAAUGGGAAAUACUCUCAUUGGGACGGGUCCGGCCACGACCCAUUAGGGCUACUGAUCACUUAGAAGGUAGCCCUUCAACAGCCUCGCGCCACACCUCUUUAGUAGGCUGUUCCAAGAGAC